GGAUGGUUUGAAAUCAAGCUGGAAAUCAGUGUUGUUCCUUACAUCAUCUUGUUUUGGAUUUGGUUUCAGGAGGUGCAAGAGUCACUGUAUAGAGAUGAAAGUGUCAAGGAUCUUGAUGAUUUCUAUGAUCCAUGUUUUCUGCUUCAGCUCUUCAGUGAAUUGACCAGACCAGAAUGUUUAGUGGCCUGUCAGAAGUUUGUUGAAGUCAAUGCCUUGGGCCUAACGGUGGCUGCCCUUAGCAGCUAUGAUUCCAACAUGAGAGCAGCGGCAUAUUUUGUCCUGGCUUCUUUUCGUUCUCAUCUGGAAGGAGCUCGCUUUCGAGAGCAGAAACAGUUGCUGUAUCUCAUGGAUGCUGUGCAAAAUGGAAUCAGGCAGCAAAACCUCAGAUUUACCUUCUCCCUAACCCUCUACAUUGCCCGUGUGGCACAGCAGAUGCUGAAGCCAGAGGAGCACAUGUAUACUAAGAUCAACAGGUUCCUUCUGUCACACCAGUAUUUGGACCUGAGGAAAGUACCAGGGUUUUUCCAGUUUUUCUACAGUUUUGACUUUGAGCACAAAAUAGAACGUGACUGGGUUCUCAGACUUCUUGGGGAAGGGCUGCGUGAUAAACACUGCUACCAGCUCUACGACUACCAGAAGAUUUUCCAUGUCAUUCUUUCCUUUUUCAACAGUCCUUUGUGUGAUGAAGGCUCUCAGAAUCACAUUCUAGAGGUGCUACAGAAUGCUGCCCGUGUUACCAGAGCUGCUUAUGAGCUGAUACAAGACCACAGCCUCCUAACCUGGAUACUGCACAUCUUGGAGAAAAGGUUUUUGGAAAGCAAGCUGCUAAACAGAAUCAUUUCCUUAGUCCAUACUCUGUGGCUGACAAAUAUAGGAAGCAAGAGAGAAAGCAAGAAAAAGCCCCAGGAGAACAGGAAGCUUCUUCCUAUUCAGCUUGUAAACGAAUUUCUGUAUGUUUUGAUCACUUUAGUUAAACUCAUUCGGACUAAUUUAGAUCAAGCCAAGCUGGCACAGUUUUUUGCUACAUUCAGUUCUGUGCUGGGGUAUCGUGCUCUUGUUGGGGAGGCCUUUAAAGAAAUGAGUCGAUUCACUGUGAAUGACAGUGUUCUCUCAAACAAAGACAUCCUGCUGUUGUUGCAUAAGUGGAGCGUCAUUGAAAAAGACCUGCAGCUCCAAGAGGAUGUGCAGAAUCUUGCUCAGAAAUACCAGAUCAAAGAACUGCUUAAAAAUAUUAAAGAAAAGAGCAAAUCCCAAGCCUCAUCUCGUCAUCGCACUCAGAAAAGGAGAAAGACAGAAGAAGACUGCAUGGCUGCAGAUCUGAAUGUCUCCGAGCUGGAGAAAUGCAGAGAGGAUCUGAGUGCCAUAUUUGUCCACUGGGAGCCCGUUUUCCCAGCGCUGCCUAUCAAACAUCCAGAGGAACUCCUCAAAUCUGCUGACCUUGCAGAUGAAACAGUCAGUCUGACCUGUGCAUCCGCAUGCAUAGUAACGAAAUGGCUGGUGAAGUCCAUGGUUGAGCACAGCCUCAAUAUGCAGAAUGUUUCAUUAACUCUGCAGUGGUUGCAGAAUUGCAUCUUGCCGCACCCAGUGGCAGUGCAGGAGGUGCUCAGGGAUGAGACCCUGAGGAACAACAUCUUCAAGUUUUACAGUCGGAUCUGUGAGGCCAGCAGUGGGGCAGUGGGACACUUAAAAGAGCUCUGUUUGUUCAGUUCAAUCAUGCUUCACCUGAUGGAUGCUCAGGGCCUGACUAACAACAGCUGUCAUGAACUUAUAAAAACGUUGUGCCAGUCAGCAAUGACAGAAGAGGAUGUGAACAAGAAGGCUGUUUCAGUAUUCCUGACUUCUGUUUACAUCGGGGACAUAUGGCUUGGAGCACAAGAGCCAGAUAUGUUAAGAACCCAUAUCAAAUUGAUCUGCAGUAGUACAGAUUCUAAAUUAAAUGAAGAUGACAUGGAAACUGAUAAACAAGGAGAAGAAACUGUUGUGCCUCUUUGCAGAACCCUUUUCUCAGCUGCUCUGGGACACUGAUUCAGCGAACUGACACUUACAUCUUUAAUGUUAUGUGCUCUGCCAUUUUUGCUGUUAGCCAUGAAACCCUCCUGAACUGUUCUCCAUAUGAAAUUAACUUUUGUCAUAAGGAUCAAUAUUUUCUUACUUUGUGAGAAUUGGAGGAGAGAUUCAUCACUGCCAUAUUUUUUUCCCUUCUGCAGUUACGGGACACAACACUAUUUAUAUCAUCUUUUAUUACAAGCAUUUUUAAUGUUAUGAAGAACCAAAGAAAACUGAUUAGUCCAUCAUCUCUGGUCUGUAUUUCAGUCCCCGUGCAAUUAAAACCCAUCCUCUCUCCGAUGUAGGAUGUUGAAAAAUGACUGCAGUACUUCACCACAGUUUGGUGUAAGUGCAAAGAACAAGUGCUCAGAGCUUUAGCCACAGUGGUUUACUAUUUCUUGAAAAACCAUUUCUUUCAGGAUACUUGAUACUAAAACAGAUGGUACUGAGCCCCUGGGAUCAUAACGGUCUAGGAUUCUUCUCAUUUUUAGAUUGCUUUUGAAAGCAUUUCUAUUGGAGGUGCUCUGGUUUUAUUCUUUUCUGACGGUGUUUUAUGGUUGUUCUGGUUUUUUUAAUAAUUUUUUAAUUAAAAAAUGCACUGCCCAUCACCACUGCUGGAAAACAUUCAGCAAAGACUCUCCAUUCUGAGAAGAUGAGAGAGAGCUAAGACCCAAAUGACCUUCUGGUGAUUGAUAAAACAUGUGUUUUAUUGGAAAUUCUCUGUGAAGUGUGAUAAAUGUUUCUCAAGCAUGGCCCCGAGGGCAGUUUAACAUAUCAUUCCAGACAUGCAAACAGGCAGAGCCUGAACUUGAACCUUUGAAAUGUAAAACAGGAUUUGUUAAAUUCACUCAUGAAUAUGUACUGUGCCCAGGUACUCCAUACACGGUCUGUACUGGGGAAAAAUUCAAAGUCCACACUCCUUGUGAUCUUUAUAUAAUGUGCCUUUUUUAAGAAUAAAAGAAUGAGAUGCAAAUGAGAAUUGCUUCUUGUCCUAAAGAAGCUGUCCUAUCUCUAUCAAGACCUGGUUUAAAAAUAAAAAAUAUUAUCUUGAAAAAGCUGUACAAGCCCAAUAGAGGCUGAAGCGUGGCAUGAUAUUAAUAUAGAAUCACUGGCGUGCAACAUAAAGAAAUGUUCUUUGCA